GUGAAACCUUGGGAAUCCCAUCGGAAUUGCUGACUCCCACUUCACAUAAAAUUGGUGCUAAUCGGCGUCGCGCAAACCAGCCCGGCUUGCGGCGGCGGGCGCUCAAUGUAAGUGGUGACGAGUGACUGCGUGUCAGCGAGGGCCCCCCAUCAUCCUGAUGUUCCAUGGUGACGACUACCUAGGCCGCACUGAGCAUGUCCGCCAGGCGCCUCACUACGACCAGGUCCCGCCGGGCACGUUGCCCCGGGACCAGCCCUACGAGCCUGAGCCUCUGAGCGCCCAGUCGGCGCCUUACUUUGCCCUCAGCGCCGACCCGCUCCCGCCGCCGCCCCUGCCCGACCAUCCUCCCGUCGGACUCGACUACCCGAGCGACGGCGAGGGGACCGAGCGGGACCUGGACCCGGCCCUGGACAUCAAACCGGUGCACCGCUUCAUCCCGGACUCGUGGAAGAACUUCUUCCGGGCCAGCGAUCGCAGCAGCAAAAAGGGGGCGUGGCCCGAGGCGCCGUCAUGUAACGACAACAACAACGGCACCAGCGAGGGCGUGCGCUGCUCGCCUCCCCCCACCACCUCCGUCCCCGGGUCCUACCGGGACCCUUACGGGGGCUCGGCCGGCAGCUACAAUUCGGCCAAGGAGCUCCUGGACCUGGGCGAAUCGGCGUCGGCUUCGGGCCGCACCUACCGCACGGCGCUGACCUACAGCGAGCGCGUGGAGGAGUACAACCAGCGCUACGCCUACAUGAAGUCCUGGGCGGGGCUGCUGAGGAUUCUGGGCUGCGUGGAGCUGCUGCUGGGCGCCGCCGUCUUCGCCUGCGUCUGCGCGUACAUCCACAAGGACAACGAGUGGUUCAACAUGUUCGGCUACUCGUCGCCGGGCGGCGCCUACGGCGGCGGCCUCUACGGCGGCAGCGCCACCACCUACACGGGGCCCAAGACGCCCUUUGUGCUGGUGGUGGCGGGCCUGGCGUGGCUGGUGACGGUCAUCAUGCUGGUGCUGGGCAUGACCAUGUACUACCGCACCAUCCUGCUGGACUCCACCUGGUGGCCGCUGACCGAGUUUGUCAUCAACCUGGUGCUGGCCGUGCUCUACAUGGCGGCGGGCAUCGUGUACGUGCGCGACACCACCCGCGGGGGCCUCUGCUCUUACCCCGUGUUCAACAACGGCAUGAGCGGCGCCUUCUGCAGGACGGAAGCGGGCCAGACGGCCGCCAUCAUCUUCCUCUUCCUCACCAUGGUCAUCUACCUGAUCAGCGCCGGCGUCAGCCUCAAGCUGUGGCGCCACGAAGCGGCGCGCCGAUACCGCCAGAGCAACGCGCACGAGAUGCAGCAGUCCGAGUUUGGAGCGGUUCGGUCGUUGCUGGUUCCCGCUAGCGCUGCGGCGGGCGCCAACCUCCCCCUGCGGGAAUCCUCCCUGGCAUCCGUCGGGGACGUCCCCAUCGCCGUGGCCCCCAAGAUCCUGCAGGGGGCGAUACCGUCCGGUCACAUCCCCAAGCCGGUCAUCGUGCCGGACUACAUCGCGAAGUACCCGAGCAUCCGCUCGGACGAGGAGCGCGACCAGUACCGAGCCGUGUUCAACGACCAGUACGCCGAGUACAAGGAGCUUCACGCCGACGUGCAGGCCGCCUGCAAGAAGUUUGACGAGAUGGACGCCAUGAUGCGCAGCCUCCCGCAGCAGGCCGGCAGCCAGAUGGAAGCCGAGCGCAUCGGCAGAAUCCUUCAGGACUUCCAGAGGAAGAAAAACGACCCGACCUUUCUGGAGAAAAAGGAGCGCUGCGAUUACCUGAAGAACAAGCUGUCGCACAUCAAGCAGAAGAUUCAGGAGUACGACAAAGCGGCCGACUGGAACGACGGCUACGGCUGAAGGACGUCGCGUGGAUGGAGCUGCUGAAUCCCAAACGUCUUCGGGCUGUCUUGCUCUUGUCUUCCGUGUUGUUUCAUUGUGCUUUUUGUUCUACCAUUUCACACAUUUGACGCCAAACAACGAUCGCAAAGCUGAUUGAAAUCAGACGGCUCCGCUUCUUAACGCGCUGC